AUGUCAUCAUCAUCAGAUAAAAAUCCAACUUAUAUCAAAUUCAUGUCUGAUUCUGGAUUACACAUUGUUCUUCCGAUUAACGCAAUCGCUUCUGAAGAUACUGCUGCUCCUAAUGACUCUUCACUCUCACCUGAAUAUGGUACACCAGCUCCAGUUAUAUCAAUUUCUCCAAAGAAGGAUAAAAUUUUGGUCCUAAAGCGAACAUCUUUACCUCCGUUGUCAGAGGCAUUGGCAAAACAAGUGGAGAAGCUUACUGGCAUUCGUAUUGAUGGGAAAUCUAAUGCUCGUAAUAGCAUGUCAUUCUGUACCGGCAUUGGGAUCCAUGAUUUAAAGGAUGACGGUACAUGGGGCCCAGAAAAAUUGAUAGAUGGCUUUCCUGAGGGAUCUGAACUGCGCUUUGUUACCUGGUCUAAAGAUGCCAAACAUGUAUCUUUCAGCAUUCGACAAGACCAGGGGGAUGAUAGUAAGCUUCGAGUAUGGGUUGCAGACGUGGAAACAGGGAAAGCUAGGCUCUUAUGUCAGUCACAAGAUGUGUUUGUCAAUGAAGUUUACGAAAAUUAUGUGUGGGUAAAUAGUUCGACACUUUUAGUUCGUACAAUCCCAGAAUCUCGAGGAAGCCUACCAGAGAAACCGUUAGUCCCUUCCAAAGAUGAAUACAAUGAAGAUUUAUUUGAAUAUCACGCCACCUCACAACUUGCUUUGGUUUCCCUAGAUGGGACUGUGAAGUUUUUUGGCGAGCCAGCCAUAUAUACAUCACUAGAUCCAUCUGCUGACGGUGAACACAUUUUAGUUAGUUCAAUUCACAGACCAUUCUCGUUUACCGUGCCAUCUGGAAGAUUUUCCAAAAAGGUUGAUCUGUGCUCAGCAGAUGGAAAGUUUUUAAGGACACUAUGUUAUCUGCCUUUAGCUGCCAAGGACCUUCCAAUUGCCUCCGAAAGUGUGCAAAAAAGCAUGCACUGCGGAGCAGAUAAAUCUUCCGCACUCUACUGGUGGGAGACACAAGACGGUGGUGAUGCCAAAGUAGAAGUUUCUCCACGUGACAUAUUACCACUGCUUGGGUUGGCAAGGAGAUUUGCAAUAUUACCCGAGCCAACAAUUCCCAUCAUUGGCGAGGGCAAGGAAGAACCAGAUGACAGUUAUGUUCAACAACUCGAAGCUGCAGUGGAGGAGGUUAUCCGUCUUGGGAUUGCUCAUCCAGACAAAUUUGCUAUUGGAGGACGUUCGUAUGGAGCUUUUAUGAAUGCAAAUCUUUUGGCACAUGCCCCUCAUCUUUUCUCUUGUGGAAUUGCUCAGUCAGGAGCUUAUAAUCAAACACUCACACCUUUUGGGUUUCAGGUUGCUCAUCCAGACAAAAUUGCUAUUGGAGGACGUUCGUACGGGGCUUUUAUGAAUGAAAAUCUUUUGGCACAUGCCCCUCGUCUUUUCUCUUGUGGAAUCGCUCUGUCAGGAGCUUAUAAUCAAACACUCACACCUUUUGGGUUUAAGAAAGAAGAUAGAUUACUCUGGGAAGCUACUGAUACUUACAUCAAUAACACGGGAACGGUGACGAUGCAGGCAGAUCAUUUCUUUAAUGCUUUAAAAGGCCAUGGGGCCCUGACUCGGUUCGCUGUGCUACCAUUUAUAAGCCAUGAUUAUUCGUCACGCGAAAACAUAAUGCAUUUGUCCUUUGGGAGAGAGAUAAGUGGCUGCAGAAAUUUUGUGUGUCAAACUCUUCCGAGACCAACACAGAAGAUGUUGUCUCUAAAGUGUCCGAGAACAAAGCUGUUGCUACUAAAGCUGAUUCAAAGUUGUGUUUGAAAGAGGAAGCCACGUACGUAGGUCAAGGUUGCAUGCGAACCAGUAUUAUUGAGAACAAGUCUUUAAUUCGGCGGUUUAUCAAUUCCUUCUAUUCGGUGUUUAGUCUUUAAUAAUUGAUCAAUCAAAAUGUGGUUGUGAUCACAUACCAGGUCAUUAGGGUACUUUGCUUUAUUCUUGUCAAUUUCCAUGUUUAUUUAAUGUUCUCUUCUGGUUCUUUAAAUGUAUGCAUCUUUCUAAAAUACACAAAGCAGUGGGCUUGAU